CAGCCCCGCCCCUACCUGUGCGAGUCUGGCCACCCGCUCCCAGUCGAUAAAAGGCGCCGGUCCCCCGAAGGUCAGCGAGUUCGCCCUCUCCACGCCCGUCCGUAGGGUCCAGCCACGAUGUCCGUCCACUUCAGCUCUCGCUCCACAGCCUUCCCCAGCCGCGGCGCCCAGGUGCACCUGAGCUCAGGGCGCCGGGGCGGCUUCGGCAGCAGCAGCCUCUAUGGCCUGGGCGCCUCGCGGCCGAGCGUGGCAGUGCGCUCUGCCUAUGCGCGCCCGGUGGGCGCCGGCAUCCGCGAGAUCACCAUCAAUCAGAGCCUGCUGGCCCCGCUGCGGGUGGACAUCGACCCCUCCAUCCAGCAGGUGCGCCAGGAGGAGCGCGAGCAGAUCAAGACCCUAAACGACAAGUUUGCCUCCUUCAUCGACAAGGUGAGGUUCCUGGAACAGCAGAACAAGCUGCUGGAGACCAAGUGGGCGCUGCUGCAGGAGCAGAAGUCUGCCAAGGGCAGCCGCCUCCCUGGAGUGUUUGAGGCCCAGAUUGCAGGACUGCGGGGGCAGCUGGAGGCUCUGCAGGUGGACGGGGGCCGCCUGGAGGUGGAGCUGCAGAGCAUGCAGGAUGUGGUGGAUGACUUCAAGAAUAAGUAUGAAGAUGAAAUUAAUUGUCGCACGGCUGCUGAGAAUGAGUUUGUGGUGCUGAAGAAGGAUGUGGAUGCUGCCUACAUGAACAAGGUAGAAUUGGAGGCCAAGGUGGAUGCUCUGAAUGAUGAGAUCAACUUCCUGAAGACCCUCAAUGAGACAGAGCUGACAGAGCUGCAGUCCCAGAUCUCGGACACAUCUGUGGUCCUGUCCAUGGAUAACAGCCGCUCCCUGGACCUGGACGGCAUCAUCGCUGAGGUCCGUGCCCAGUAUGAGGAGAUCGCUAACCGCAGCCGGGCUGAGGCUGAGGCCUGGUACCAGAGCAAGUUUGAGACCCUCCAGGCCCAGGCUGGGAAGCAUGGGGAUGACCUGCGGAACACCCAGAAGGAGAUUGCAGAGAUGAACCGGGCCAUCCACAGGUUACAAGCUGAGAUUGACAACAUCAAGAACCAGCGUGCCAAGUUGGAGGCUGCCAUUGCUGAGGCUGAAGAGCAUGGGGAACUGGCCCUCGAGGAUGCUCGUGCCAAGCAGCAGGAGCUGGAGGCUGCUCUACGCCAGACCAAGCAGGACAUGGCCCGGCAGCUUCGUGAGUACCAGGAGCUGAUGAAUGUCAAGAUGGCCCUGGACAUUGAGAUUGCCACCUAUCGCAAGCUGCUGGAGGGCGAGGAGCAGAGGUUGACUGGAGAUGGAGUCGGAGCUGUGAACAUUUCCACGACCAUUGGUGGCAGUAGCACGCUGACCUUCGGGGGAACCAUGGGCACCAAUGCCCUGAGCUUCUCCAGCAGUGCUGGGCCCAGGGCCCUGCAGGCCUAUUCCAUCAGGACUCCAUCCAUCGGCCACAAGAGUGUCCGCAACUGAGUCUCAUUCCCCUGCCCAUAGUCACAGGGAGACCCCCAUCCCUGCCUCCUUUUCCAGGUCUCACAACAGUCUGAAAAAUGAUAUCAGAAUUCAAUGCUUACAAUAAAGCAGCAUCUUUGAGGCCUGCAUGA